AUGAUUCUCACAUUCUCCAAAUUUCUCAAGCGCUUCACCACAAUCGUCCCCUGCGUGGAGGUCCGCCGCGCAACGGCGCGACCACAGGCACCUUCAAGCGCGCACGUUCGCCUCCCCCUGUGCACACAAGUGUUUCUGACCUGCUUGCCAUGCUUCCGGGUUCUGCCGUUGCUGCAUAGCGCUUCGAACCGCCCCAAGUACGCCCGCCGACUAGAAACGGUACGGUACGUCUCGAGUUGGGUGCUGUACAGCUUGCUCGCGCUGUGUGAUGCUUGGGUUUGCUUCUUGUUCGUCGCAGGUCCAGUCGUAGCUGCUGGCACUGGUGCAGAUGAUGCUGUGGGAGGGCAAGUACAGAAGACAAUCGGGUGGCCGCAAUUCGUAUGUGCCAUCGCUGGUUCGAUCCAGUAUCUUCAGGUAGCAGCAGAUCUGUGUCUUGACAACCAGCGAUCUACUGUAAAACACCCGGCUCGGCUUCGCAAACAACUCCAGCUUCACAACGUCCCACCGCAGUUGCGAGUCUACGACUUUGAUCUGGACUCGAAAGGUCGGCAUCGUUCGUAA